GUGCUCUCCGCGGGCUCUCCCUCCCUGGGCAUCGGGUUACAUCCGCCGGUUGUUUGGCCUUUAUAGGCGAGGUGUCCGUUAUAGACGGCAGACAGACACCCACACGGCGCACACAGCGCGGGCACGGGGCGAGAAAACAUUCUCCGACUACAGAGCUUAUCGACUUCACGGGACGAUGACGCAAGCAACGCGAGCUGGCCGGCUGACGAUAAUACUUCGUCGACUAACUACUUCCCGUUCGAGCUCACUUCUGGCAACACUGCCAGAGGCGCGUUGGUCGGCAUACAGUGCCUCAUAUCAUCACUCUUUGAUAAGGGCGCUACGUUCGAUCGCUUCCGUUUUGAGAAGCGAUCAGCCCAUUGUCGUAGGACCAUAUAUUAACCAAAUCGUCUCGUCGUCACUAUGGAUAAGGACAGCUUGAAGAAGCGAAUUCAAGAACUCCUGUACCAGGUUCAAAUCAAGCGACGGCCCCACUCCAAAUCGACUACAACAAACACGCCUGGAACGAGCUACCGCCCUGUCGAGAUUGACCGCAUCUACCAGAACGUCUACAAGCCUAUUCGAGACAGAGCAAUAGCCAAGAAAACCUUCGAGAUGACCAUGUUUUUUUUCAUGGUGAAGGGAAAGUAUUUAAAGAACUUCUAUCGAAAGGAAGGGAUCGGCAGUCUAAUAACGGAGGAUGGAUUCCUUCUCAAGAUGCGACAUGCUGGGCCAAACGAACUAACUCUGAAGAGACUCUCGGCGUGCAUGUUGUACGACAACUCCAUGAACGCUGCCGAAGACGCCACCUCAAACCGGCCAGCUGGAUACGACGAAGUCAACAAAACCUUCAUCGGCACCGCGGAGACGAUGGGGGAGAUGUCAAAGUACAUCCCGUCGAUGUCCACUCUGAUUCUAUGGCGGGAUAUUGCCGAGACCCUGACGAGCGACGCCGUGAAACAAAUCCUCCUGAAGAAGGUGCAGUUUGCAUGCGGCAACGGCUUGAACUUUGUCUGGCGCAUUUACCAGGCCGAGAACCGGGACACCGUGGAGGAGGCAGGACCUGCCUUCGCCAUCGCCGCCUAUUACAUGGACCUGGGCGCCCUGAAUUCGGAUCGGAAGAAGAAAAACAAGGCUCCUCUUGGUGCCGCCGAAGCGUUCGAGGAAAUCUUGGCGAGGAACGGGACCUUUGUGGGGCUUUUUCUUAAUUGUGCAGACCUGAAGGGUCCAGCCAACAUCGUGGACUCGUCGGAGUUUGGAGAGAUUGUGAACGCGAUCAACUGCUCGCUCUGCACGACUACAUCUCGCGCAUGCCGUUGGGCCGCGUUCGCUGAUGCAGCGUUCCCGGCUGUGAGGGAGAAAAUGCAUAAGGUCGCAAGCGAAAAGGAGGCCGUGCCAUCGGGUGGAGUUUUCAGUGUGUGAGGAGAAAUUAUACAUGGCUUGCACUCCGUCCUGUAGACAUUACUCCAUAAAGUAAUGAUUACAGUUACUAUUUCUCUUGGUUAUAAAGUGUUGAAUUUGAUUACUUUAGUAAUUGAGGAAAAGUAAUUGACAGUUACGUGAAAGAGUAACAGUUACUUUUCCCAUUACCUACUUCAGAUUUUCCAAACGGCAUAUCUUUCUGCCGGUUUGAAAGCAGAUUUCUCGUACUGUCCACCAUUGAAUUAGAAUCACCGGAUUACAAAAUACUCAUAAUCUAAAUUCACCACUUUUGUCUGAUCUUAUCCCUGCCGGAGCCGCUGGUUCGAUGAUUUUUUGGUUGGAAGGUUGUGGAAAAAAAAUGGGACGAAAAAUAGUAACCGUUGCAGUAAUUUUACUACUUUAAAAAAGUGAAAAGGUUACUUUUAAGAUUACUGCUUAAUGAUGGUAAUCAAAUGAUUACAAAAUUUCUCGAAACAUUAAUCAUUUCAAUUAUGACUGGGCUUCGGUUAAAAAAUAUAACCAGAUUAAUCGCCACCCUUUAGUCGAUUAAUUAAUCGAUUAAUCGGUUUCGUUCAUUCCACGCAUGAAACUUUUUUAUAUAAAAAUGUUAAAAAUGAA